CAGAGAAGCGAGUGCGCAGCUCCCGCCCGCACGUCCCGCACGAGCAGAAACCCGAGAGCUGUUCUUUUUAUUUUCUCUCCGCGGUGAGGACAAUCUCCAUGGAGCUGCUUGGAUAAUCCCCCCCCUUUUUUGUGCUUUUUCUUAUUUUUGUAAUUUUACAUUUUUUGGGGUUUUAUUUCCCGCGGAUUACUGCUUUUACGCGCGCGCUCUCUCUCUCUUUCUCUCUCUUGUCUUUCGGCGCUCCAGGACCAUGAAGUGAUCCGGAGGAGGUCCAGUCCCUCAUCAUGUAUUCCCCGAUUUGUCUAACUCAGGAUGAGUUCCAUCCCUUCAUCGAGGCACUUCUCCCCCACGUCCGGGCCAUCGCCUACACGUGGUUCAACCUCCAGGCCCGCAAGCGCAAGUACUUCAAGAAGCACGAGAAGCGGAUGUCCAAGGACGAGGAGCGCGCCGUGAAGGACGAGCUCCUGAGCGAGAAGCCCGAGAUCAAGCAGAAGUGGGCGUCCAGGCUGCUGGCCAAGCUGCGCAAGGACAUCCGGCAGGAGUACCGGGAGGACUUCGUCCUCAGCGUGACGGGGAAGAAGCCCCCGUGCUGCGUGCUCUCCAACCCGGACCAGAAGGGCAAGAUCCGCCGAAUCGACUGCUUACGGCAGGCCGACAAAGUUUGGCGUCUGGACCUGGUGAUGGUCAUCCUCUUCAAAGGCAUCCCUCUGGAAAGUACGGACGGCGAGCGGCUCGUCAAGUCUCCACAUUGCACCAACCCCGCACUUUGUGUCCAGCCGCACCACAUAACCGUGUCGGUCAAGGAGCUGGACUUGUUUCUAGCGUACUACGUCCAGGACCAAGUCUACUUGGAAGACAGUUUCAUCAAAUCAGGAGUCUUCAGUGUUGCAGAGCUGGUGCGAGUGUCCAGAAUGCCCAUCACCCACGGCGCAGCGGUACCCUUCUCCAUGGCCGACAUGCCGGGACAACCCUACUAUCAUGACCUGAACUCCAGCGUGGGACUGCACCGCUCCCUGUCCUCCCCUCCUGGCAGCAAAAGGCCUAAAACGGUCAGCUUGGAUGAGAACAUGGACACCAGCCCGACAGGACCCGACUUCUACUCGUCACCCAGCUCACCAGCAAGCAGCCGGGCAAACUGGCACGACAGAGACGGAGCCAUGUCUUCGCCCACCAUGAAGAAGCCCGAGAAGCCGCUGUUCAGCCCCACGUCCCCGCAGGACUCCUCACCACGACUCAGCACUUUCUCUCAGUCUCAUCACCCAGGCCUAACAGGUGUGGGACACAGUGUUAUAUCGACAAGGAGCCCCCCUCCUCACUCGCCCCUGCAGUUCUCGGCCUCGGCCAUCUUGCCGCCGGCGCCGUCGCCCUACUUCUCGCACACCACCAUCCGCUAUCCGCCUCACCUCAACCCUGCUGAUCCCCUCAAGAGCUACGUGCCGUCGUACGACCCGUCCAGCCCGCAGAGCAUCCAGCCUAACAGCAGUGGUCAAGGGGUUGGAAAGGUCCCGGGCCACUUCGCCCCAGUUCUGGCUCCAUCUCCACACCACGGCGCCGUGCGACCGGUCACGCUCUCCAUGCCCGACACCAAGCCCAUCACCACGUCGACAGAAGGCUACUCGACUCCUGGCACCCCAACGGCUAACCGCUUCGUCGGCCUGAGCCCUAGAGAUCCUGCCUUUCUCCACCAGCAACAGCUGAGGAAGUGUGACUGGAGCGUGACUCAAAACGGCAGGCAUUAUGGCCCCAGUGCCACUGACGACACUUUGGGGAUUACUUGGCAAAGUCCUGGUACCUGGGCGAGCUUAGUUCCAUUCCAAGUGUCGAACGGGACUCCGAUUCUGCCAACAAAUGUCCACCAGAACUACAGCAUAAACAUCAUUGGUGAGCCGCUGGUCCCCGCCGAGACCGGGAACUGAGCCUGCAGAGACCGGACGACCCCACCUCCCCCGCUCCACCUCUCAGGGUGGAAGGUGCGGUACUGAGCUAGCGCCGCCGGUGUCCGCAGCCACGGAUGAAACCAGCAAAAGCAGCAGGUGCUGCUAAAAAAAUAAAAAAAAAACUGCCCCCUUAAUCCCAGUCUCACCUCUUCCACGCUCUCCCCGGCCUCUUCACUCCCACUCCUUCCUCCUGACGAUGGACACGGGCGCUGAAGUGAAGAUGAGGGACGGCUCAGAGGAAAGACGCUUCAGGUCUGCCGUCUUCUUGCAAUCACCCACCAGUCAGUUUCAGAACUCUUUCAAUCCAUCUAAAUACUGUGAUGUAUAGAUGCCUUAAUGUUUUAUUGCAUGACAUUCUAGACUCUUAGCAGUACUAUUUUUCCACGCUGGAGGAAGACGUAUAACCUACAUUUAAACACACUCAACACUAGGGGGGUCUGCAGAUUGACACCUGCCUGGUCGACGACUCAAAGACUCCGAUCUCUUGAAAAGAGACUCCCCCACCCCCUACGCGGAACGAUUCACUGUGUACACCGUAGGAACAAAAAAAACUUGUGAAUUCAGAGUGUUUCUUCUUCCGUUUUGAUUUCAGUUUACUGUGAGACGGCUUUCAUCUUUUAAUUUGUCGUUUAUUCUUUACUGCUACUUCGAGAAUUAACACUUAACAGCAAGAGUUGAGAACUCUUGAUGCAGUUUUCAAAAAACACUAAAACGCUAGGCUUGAGAUUGGACCCCUCCUUUAAAAGAAAAAAAUAAUCCUUUUCAAAAGGAAUGUAAUAUUAAAAGAGGAAGACGUAAAUUGCGACAGAGGCAAGUGCAAUUGAAUUUUUAUUUUUUUUUUGAAGGGAAGCUAUCAGUCUGACUGCCCUGAGACUCUAAAGGAAGGGGGAUAAUUAUGAGAUGUUUAAGAAAACAUUUGAAUUUGAUUUCCGUCACAUAUCCAUCUCUUUGCAUGAGGAUGAGGCAGUUGAAGGCAAGCAUAAAUCUACCUGUGCAGAGCUGAGCAAAACCAGCACCUAAUUUGAGCCCUUCCCAUCAAUAUGGGGAGAUUUUUAUUUCUUGUUUUUUACGUGUGUGUGUGUGUGUGUGUGUGCACAUUUGUUUGUGUGUGGGAGUUACCAACCUGGAAUAUGUCAAGAAAUUGAUGUUGCAUUUGGCUAUCAGCUUGUAAAGCGAAUCUUUGCAAAAACAAACAAACAAAAAAAGUUGAAAGGAUAGUUGAGAUAUUUUUAAGUGGGCUUCUUGUUGUAAAUAGCUCUUUGAACAACGUCUGUGACAAGCUAUCAGACGAAAUUACCCGCUGCCGUCUUUAAACAGUUCCAGUCUCAAAACUUUCAUAGUAGUUUUUGUAAACGAUAUAUUUUUUAAAAACUGAUUUCCAAACAUUUUCUGGAAGUCUCGCAACCACAUCUAUCUACACAUGUUGCUAAUAAGUCAGUUAAUUAUGGAGAUGAGAGGAAAAAACAUCAGCUGUAAAGUUAUUUUUACACAUUCAACAGGGGUGCCACUAAGGGGGUGCCAGGGGGGGCAAUGGUCUCCCCUUAAAAAAUAUUGGUGCCCCCCCCUACUGACCACCUUGGCUACAGUUUACAGGCUCUUGAGUAGGGCUGGACAAUAUUUCGAUAUAUAUCACAAUAUACUUUUAUUCAAUAAAGGUGAUAUGAGUUUUAAGCACACUUUCGAUAUUUCGAUAAACAUUACGCUACGAUUACAGCGUUUCACUGACGCAUUUCGUUUUCUGUUCAGUUUGAAGCGGUCGCUUCAACCCGAACAGGAAAAAGCCGCGACACAACUACGUAAGUGCGUGGUGACGUAUGCCACACAGCUCAAGUCCAGAAGGAGUCAGCGGUAGC